UGUCUGGACGCCAUGACUGCGCCCCUUCCUCCCCUUGUUUUACAUGUCAGCAAAAAGCUCGGACUUCGCACCAUCUCUUGUGUGGAGACAAGUGUGCGAACGCGGUGAACGCUGGCCGUUUUGUGUAUAAUUUUUUUGGUCUCUACAAUGUUAGCUUAUAUUUCUGUCAUGCCCCUCAAACUCAACUGUCCAAAUGGUCGUCACAUUAUCUUGCUCGAUAAUCCAGCUCUAGCACCGGGGUCCUCUGACUGAGCAUCACGACUGCAUCACAAAUUCUGUUCUUCCAAUUGUUUUUCCUUUUCUUUUCUCAUUUUUUGUUUGCAAAGCAGUCUUUCCAUCAGCAAUGUAUUUUCUAGCGAGGAAAGCUUAUAGGGCAUACAAGGCCCGACAAACUCAAAGUGCACCGACAUCUGAACCUUCGACUACUCAUGGCCUGCAGACUGACCGCCAGCCGCGGACGUCAAAGCUUGCUGUCAAGCCACCAGAAGAGAUUCAUCAAAUAUCUCAAAAUGACCACCCCGGCGAUAUCUCCGUCGAAUCACGGCCUGAGGUCACUGAAGAACAUUUACUUGCCGAGCAAGCCAAGAAGAAGAAGGAGAAGCACGAUUCGAGGGUCUAUCGAUGGAAGCUUAUAAUUGGUUUGGUAUUGCCAUUCUUUCUGGCUUCACUCGACCUGACAGUAGUGGCAACUGCGCUCCCAUUCAUCGCAUCCCAUUUCAACAAAUUCAACCAAUUGAAUUGGAUCGUGACGGCUUACACUCUAACCUCAUCCGCCUUUAUUCCUACAUUUGGUCAGCUUGCCGAUAUCUUUGGCCGCCAUGCAGUCCUGCAAGCGGCAGUUUUCUUGACCGUGGUGGGCAGCACUUUGGCUGCCGCUGCCCAGACAUGGGGCAUGUUGUUACUCGGAAGAGCGCUACAGGGAGUCAGCGCCGCCGGUCUCCUCAACGUUGUCCAAAUAUGCUUGUCGGAUCGAGUUUCACUCAAGGACAACGCCAAGAAUAAUACCAUCUUCUCCUUGGUGUCAGGAAUCAGUUACAGUAUUGGUCCCGUGGUCGGCGGUUACCUGACCAACGCAAACUGGAGAUACUGUUUCGUCAUCAGCAUCCCCGUCGCCGUUCUUGCGCAUGUUAUCAUUUUUGUCCUGCUCCGCAAAGAGCUCGUCAAGGGAACAUAUCAGGUUCAGCCUCGUGGGGAACGGUCUUUUAUCUCAGCUAUUGCAGGGAUCGACUACGGUGGAACGCUUCUCUUCAUCUUUGGAGUUGGACUGCUUAUCCUGGCCACGGCCUGGGGAGGAUCAACCUAUGCGUGGAGCUCUGGGGCAGUGCUUGGCACUCUCAUCCCCGGGGCCAUUCUUUUUGUUCUCUUUUUCCUUUAUGAGUUCCUCCUCGAGCCCGGAAAGCCUCUCGCAAGGGCGUUCCCUCGACAAAUUGCCAUGAUCCCUUUUAGUCUCUUUCAGAAAAAGGAUACAUUUUUGCUGGCUCUCCUACAAGCGGCGACCGGCGCGGCCAUGUACUCUGUGUUUUAUUUUAUUGGCAUCUACUUCACGCUUGUCGAGGGUUAUGAGUCUUCCAAGGCCGGUGUUCAGUUGCUGUAUUACAUUCCAGGAAUUGGUGCAGGCGCUUAUUCGGCAAUGUUCUUGUGCAACAUAUGGCCCUCGCAGACUUUUUGGCCGCUGUUUUCAGGAACAAUCAUUGAAACAGUGGGAGUUGCGCUCAUCACCUGGGCUACACGUGCUCGAAACUCGGGCGUGGUCAAUGGCAUGAUGGUCGUCGCAGGUGCGGGCACUGGCCUUCGAUUCAUGCCCGGCUCUUUGCACAUGGCGGGUAUUUGGCCUGAGCGGAUCGCGCCGGCCAUGUCCAUCAACCGGUUCUUCUUACCGUUUGGCGGCACUAUCGCUCUGACCAUCAUGGGCAGUGUCUUCAACAAUAAGAUGGCAAGCAUUUUCAAGCAGGCGGGCCAGACAAGCCAUGGUGCUUUUAAUCUCCACAAUUCUGAAAGCCUGAGCUCGAUUGACCAGCUACCUCCUGCGCUACAAGACGAGGUACGUGACAAGGCCAAGGUGGCAGUGAUGUUUGCAUUUGUUUCCAUCAUUCCCAUCUUGGCCUUGGGUCUUCUCGGUUCCUCAUUGCUUGGAAACGUUUGGAUUCGCAAAUCCAAAGCCAGCGACAAUGUCGAAGGGCAGGACUCGCAUGAGCCAACGUUGAAUCGCAGCCGUGUCAUCUAUAAGUCGUAUUUGUGGGCCCUGAUUCGUGGAAAUGUCAAGGCAAAUCAAGUUGAAACCCAACCGCUCUCGCUCGAGGACAAGUUGAAACAGGCUCGGGAGAUUAACGAGGCGCGGAAUCGAAAUAUUACUGUGCCAGAGCAUGUAGUCACCACUGAGAAGCAUGGCAUGGCUCAUGCGUCGACUGAAAAUCGCUCGCCGUCUCCUCGAUAGACACCAUCUCCUUGCCCCAAUGCGUCUCCUAUUUCUUCAUUCCCAGCCAUAUCUCCUUGUGUCCUGUUGACCUUUUCAAUUCCUUUGAUAUUUAUUCACAGCAAAAUCUAUGAUUCCCUGAUGCCUAGUUGUUUUUCUUUUUCUUUUCUUUUAUUAUUAUUAUUAUUAUCAUUAUUAUUUCUUUGAUACGGCCAUUUUGCCAUCAGUGCUUUCUAUAGCUCAGCUCAGUGUUAAUGUCUUUGGAUUAGUAUGCUCUCACUAAAGGAUAAUAAUCGACAUC